CAAGACACAAAACAAAGCCUGGAAGAUAAAGAAACAAGAUGGCAGACGGAGGAACCAUCACCCCGGCGCUCAGUCCCAAAACCCUCCCUACAUCGCACCCCGCCAACCACAGCGACCAUCUCGUCGCCGCGUACACGCCGACCGAAGUGGCGGCGCAUAAUCGCACGUCUGACAGCUGGAUCAUCAUCGACAAGAAUGUGUACAACAUAACGGAUUUCCAGGCGGAGCAUCCAGGGGGGGACCGGAGUAAAUUUUUUUUUUUUUUUUCCUUUCCUCUUUAUCCGUGGGUAAUGUAGUAUACUAAUGGGAAUAGUCUUGCACAAGGUGGCUGGGACAGACGCCUCCAAGGAGUUCCACAAGCAUCAUCGCGACUCCGUGCUGAGUCGGUAUCAGGAGCGGUUACAGGUGGGGGUAUUGAACGAGGCAGCG